AUGACGCUGUCUCACGCCCAAGGGGACUGUAUGAGGAUAGGCAACCGUUGGCGCCGCAGGAGGCAGAGGAGUGAGCGCCGGUGGCGGGCCAGGCCGGUGGUCGCGUCCGCGGUGGUGGCCGCCGGUCUGACGACCACGGGUGAGGGGCGCCGGCCCAGCAGCGACCCGCGCCUCAUCGCCGAGAUGCAGCUCAGCCAGGACCUGGACGCCGCCAUCGCCGCAGCCGAGGGGGGUGACGAGCGGCGCGCCGACGACCUGCUGGAGUCGGCGGUGCAGCGCGCGCAGCGGGCGGGCGCCCACGCGGGCGUGCUGGCGGCGCUCGACGUGCGCGCCACGCUGGCGCAGCGGCGCGGCGACGCGGCGGAGGCCGAGAGCCUCGCCAAGUACGCCCUCGCCUUCGCGCUCUGCCGCCUGGGGCUGCCACGCGACCACCCGGAGGUGCUGUCGUGGCUGCUGAAGCUGGCGCGGCUGUACAGCGAGCAGCGGCGCCACGAGGAGGCGGAGAGCGCCUUCCAGCGCUGCGAGGCGCUCUGCCGGCCGCACGCGCUGCCCAGCCUCCUGCCCGCCGCGCACCGGGCGCUCGCCGUCCUCUGGGUGAGCGUGCUGUUCUGGCACGGCUACUUCCUGGUGGGCCGGCAGCGCUUCUCGGAGGCGGCAGCCAAGCUGGAGGAGAGCUACCGCGCCGCGCUCUGCGCCCCCGCCGCCUCCACCGUCCCCGAGCAGCGCCUCGUCAUCCUCUUCCACCUGGCGGACGCCCUGCACCGGCUGGGCCGAUACACCGACGCCAUCAGGUCAGCCGACUGUUGCGGGCCCUACCACGUCUUACCUUAG